GGAGGCGGGAGCGCGCGGCUGGGGGAACUCGAGACACAAAGAACUGCGGGGACGCAGGGAGGGAACCUCGCGGUAGCCCGCCGCCUGUCCCUAGCUUCAAUUUCUGCUCCUGCCCCAGCUCCAGCUCGCCGGUCUAGCGCCCCAGCUCCAUUCCGCCUGCCUAGCGGGCCAGCUUCUCCAGCUCCAGCUCCCCUCCACCCCCAGACCAACCUGCCCGUCUAGCUGCCAGCUCCAGUUCACGUGCUCCAGCGCGGGCUGUAGCUCCCGGCUCCCCGGCCCGCGUGCGUGGAGGGCGGACACCCAGUGCCAGAUGACAGAGAUGGAAGGGUGAGAAGCCUGGGCCCCCUUCUGGAGUGUGUGGCUGAGCUGGCCUGGCCUGCAGGUGGUCUCCACGGGUACAUGCUCUGCGGCCACAGGACCCCGAGGAGAUUCAGCCACCUCAGCUGGAUUAGGAGGAAACUGGAGACACCCUGAGUCACCAGGAGGAAGCAUUUCAGCUCUUGUGAAAGCCUGCUAUGGGAUGGACGGAGAAGAGAACCAUUAUGUGUCGAAGCUCCGGGAGGUCUACAAUAGCUGUGACACCACUGGGACAGGCUUCCUUGACCAGGAGGAGCUGACCCGGCUCUGCCUUAAGCUUCACCUGGAAAAGCAGCUGCCUCUCCUUCUGCAGACACUUCUCGGCAAUGACCACUUUGCCAGGGUUAACUUUGAGGAGUUUAAGGAUGGCUUCGUGGCAGUGUUGUCGGCAACUGCUGGUGCAGACCCCUCUGAUGAUGACAGCUGUAGCUCUUUGGAAUCAGCUGCUCCGGGUGCUGUCCCCCCAAAGUACAUGAGUGGCUCCAAGUGGUAUGGCCGCAGGAGCCAGCCCGAGCCCUGUUCCGGGGGCCCUGCCACCCAGGGUCUGCCCGAUCUGUCCAGGCCUGGUCUGAGAAGCCAGCCACACCGAUGCACAUCCCUGGAGAGUGUGGAGAGUCUCAAGUCAGAUGAAGAGACUGAAAGUUCUAAGGAACCUCAGAAUGAGUUGUUUGAAGCCCAAGGCCAGCUCCCAGGCUGGGGUGCCGAGGUCUUUUCCAGCCCCCAGAAGUCCCGCCGUAUCUCCUUCGAUGCUGCUGAGAGCCAGGUACGGAGUCUCUGGGCAGAGUUGGGAGUGGGCAGCAGUGGCCACCUCACCCAGCAGGAGCUGGUCCUGGUCUGCCGGAACAUAGGACUGCAGGCCCUGGAGAAGGAGGAACUGGAAGACCUGUUCAACAAACUGGAUCAAGAUGGAGAUGGCAGAGUGAGUCUAGAGGAAUUCCAGCUUGGCCUGUUCAAUCAUGGGCCCAAUUCCCUUCCAGAAUUCUCCAUUCCAGUUAGGCCAGCUAGACCUUGGUCACACUGGCAGGUCCCGGAGGAGGGCAGCUGCCACACGGCCACCACAUCCUCACUUGUGUCCCUAUACUCGUGUCCCCGACUCUUCUGCAGCCUGGACGAUGGCUCGGGCUUUGCUUUCCCUGAACAGCUGGUUGCCCUGUGGGCCCAGGAGGGCAUCCAGAAUGGCAUGGAGGUCUUGCAGAGUCUUGACUUCAGUGCUGAUGAGAAGGUGAACCUCUGGGAGCUGGCCUGGGCCCUUGAGAAUGAGCUCACGGCACUCGGAGCCACCCAGCAGGCAGCCUUAGCCAGCUACCGCCAGGAGCUGAGCUUCCGCCAGGGGCAAGUGGAGCAGAUGGUGAGGGAGCGAGACAAGGCCCGACAGGAUCUUGAGAAAGCCGAGAAGAGGAACCUGGAGUUUGUGAAAGAGAUGGACGACUGCCACUCUGCUCUGGAGCAGCUCACGGAGCAGAAGAUCCAGCGUCUGGAACAAGGCUACCGUGGCCAGCUGAGCCUCCUGCGCUCGGAGGUGGAGGUGGAGCGUGAGCUACUGUGGGAGCAGGCCCGGCGGCAGCGGGCCACACUGGACAAAGAUCUGGGGCGCCUGCGGGCAGAGGAGUCCGGCCUACGGGAGAAGCUGACCCUGGCCCUGAAGGAAAACAGCCGACUGCAGAAGGAAAUUCUAGAAGUUGUGGAGAAGCUUUCCGAGUCGGAGAAGCUGGUCCUGAAACUACAGGCGGACCUGGAGUUUGUGCUAAAGGAAAAGCUGGAGCCACAGAGCACGGAGCUCCUGGUCCAGGAACAGCGGUUUUCUGAGAUCCUGACAGAGUACGAGCGCAAGUGCCGGGACCUCCAGGACCGCAAUGAUGAGCUUCAGGCUGCGCUGGAGGGUCUGCAGACACAGUUGUCCCCCAGAUCCCGAGGCCAGCCUCCAACAGGGCCAGAUGGACAGCUGCUCCCUGGACACAGCCCAACAGGCCCCCUUCAGUGUGUGAGCAGCGCUGCCCCAGUGAGCAUAGAGACAGAGAUAAAGAUGGAGCAAGUGAAGGAGCAUUGCCAAGACCUCAAGAUCCAGCUGGAGACCAAGGUCAAUUACUAUGAGCGGGAAAUGCAGAUGCUUAAGAGGGCCUUCGAGAAGGAGAGGGAGGAAAUGGAGCAGGCGUUCAGGCUGGAGGUCUGUGUGCUGGAGGACCAGAAGGCUGACCUGGAGACCCUGCAUGCAGAGUCUCAAGAACUCAUUCAUACCCUGCGGGAGCAGCUACAGAGACAUGCGCUCAGCAUGGAGCUGGAGCAGAGGCUGGAGCUGCAGAGGCUGGAGACAGAACAGCUGGCUCAGGACAAGGAACAGCUGAAGGAGCAAUUGCAACGAGUUAGGAGAGAGGCAGAGGCUGAGCGCCACCAGAGGCUGGUGUGGACAGAAGCCCGGCAGGAAGAGAUGCUACAGAGACACUUGCCCUCACAGCCACUGGGGGAGGCAAGCUGUACACUAGAGGGGCACCCUGGGCCAGGGGAGCUGCCCUGCAAGGCUAACCUCAUGUCUUCUGGGCCCCUGCAGAACCUGGGCCUCCAGGAGGACGCUACUGGGGUGCUCACUGGGGAGCAGGCAGCCUCUGGCCUCGCAGAGAAGUGGUCCCAGGUGCACCUCCAUGGGGCAGAUGGGGGAGUGAUCCUGGAGGAACCAGAACCUUCCACCCAGGGCCCAGCCCACCUCAGCUGGCCUGCAGCCCAGGAGCUGCUGGUGGGAGCAGACAGAAGAGCUCAGAUUUUGCCAGCAUCAGGGGAGCCCCGGCUGAGCCCACCCACCUCAGGUGGAGGAGAAGCCCAGGUAGUGUUGCAGAGAGAGAAUGAGAUGAAAGCCAAACUGCUGCAGCUGGAAGAUGUGGUUCGGGCGAUAGAGAGAGCUUCAGACUGCAAAGAGAGCCACAGAAUCGAAGAUAGAUUUUCUGAAGAAAAUGCAUUACUGAAAAGUGAGCUGGAGAAGAUUCAGCAAGAUCUAGAAGCUGCAGAAAGGAGCUGUGAAGCCCAGAGAAAAGAAAUAGAGCUUUUAAGGAGAGACAAGAAAGAGGCCUGUUCUGCAAUAGAAGAGCACAACAAGCAGAGCCAGAAGUGGAAGGCCGAGCUGUCUCAGAUCAGCCACAGGGUCCUUCAGCUGGGAGAGGAGGCCUCCAUGCAGCAGACCAGGAAUGAGGAGAAUCACAUGACCAUCCAGCUGCUGACACGGAGGCUAGAGGAGGCCAGGUGCAAGGGGCAGCUGCAGGAUGACCAAAUCCAGAAACUUGAACGUGAACUUGAAGGAGUGACUCAGGAGUGUCAGAGCCUGAAAGUGUUGCGGUCAAAGCAGAGAGAGGCUCUUGAGGAAAGCUGGGAGCAGCAGGAAGAACUUGGAAGGCAGCUGAAAGUGACAGAAGAGCGGGCAGAGGAGGUGGCGAUGGCUUUGAAGAAUGUGGAAGUGCUCCUGCAGGAGAAAGUGGGGGAGCUGAGGGAGCAGUUUGAGAAGAGCACCAAGUCUGAUGUGCUACUCAGGGGACUGUAUGUGGAAAAUGCUCACCUGAUGAGAGCACUCCAGCUGGCGGAGGAGAAGCAGCACAGUGCAGAGAAGAAAACCCGGAUCCUGGAAGAAAAAGUCCAAGCCCUCAACAAACUUGUCAGUAACAUCUCCGUAGCAUCGCUCUGUGUGUGACUACUUCUUGCUUUGCCAGAACUUUCCUGGAAUUCACUGUUUAAAAUUAAGCAACUGUGAUGCCGUAAUAUCCUGCAGUUCAUUGGUGCUCAGGCGGGCCAGGGUUGAGUCUUUCUUCACUCUGAGAUUGUCCAUGUGCUAUAUGCUGAGGAACAGACAGGCUGUGUAAGGCCACACUUCUAUUAGCAGCCUUGGAUCAUUUUCCUGUGUAGAAUUUCUAAUGUUGCUACUCAGUGAUGAAAAAGAUUGAGGGGACCUCCAGCAAGAAACAAAGGAAAGAAAGUGGUAAGUUUCAAGGUCGGGCUUGUGGCCUUGACUGCAAAGGUUAAAUUACAUAGUCAGGACUAUCUGGCAUCAGCUGUUCCCUGCUUCAGGUCCAGCCCAUCUGGCAUUCUCAGUGCUGGUUGUGCAGACAUCCCAGAGAGAUGCCUGUGCCUUGACCAUCAGCCUGGCAACAAACGGUGUUGGAGAGGAAAAUGCUUCAGGGGCUGCUCAGCCACAGGGAGAUGCUUGGACAGUGUUUAUUUUAGGUCCGUGGACUCAGGGAUGAUUACUGUGAACACAGUCUCACUGAAGUGUCAGCACACUGGAAACUGUAUCAUAUGUAAAAGAAAGUAUACUUUUAUAUGCAAAAUAUAAAUUAUCCUCAUUUGGUUUAUCAGAAUGAAUACUAUAAUAUGAAAUCACUAUAUUGCAAUAAAUUCUUUU